AGGCAGUGUGUCACAAGCCCAGACAACAACAACACGGCGAACAAAAAGACCGAUCGGGCAUCGCGUUUAAGAGGACCAGGCGAAACCGCUGAACUCGGUCAGCACCUUGGGCACUUAAUCUCGCUGUAUGUAACAUCUUAUCAAAGCAAUCAGACAAAAGGUUAUCCGUUUUCAGCGCCCCGCGGUACGGGAUAACGAGCACUUCGUAAAACAGUCGGUUUCACAGCGUGCAUGGGGUUUUGUAGCCGUAAACAUCACGGUCUGGCUAGCCUUCUAGCCGGCUAGCUCCUGGUCUUAGAGAAGUUCUGUUCGGAUGUCAGGGUGGUACCAUGCGAAGUCCAUAAGUCUGGGUAAAACCGGGACGAGAGCUGAAGCGACAGCAGAGUAAAACCAGAGCGAUAACGGUUUCUGCGUCAGCCGGGGAAGAGGACGGAGCACCAUGAUCCUGCCGACUUAUUAUUCGUCUCUUCGCUCAAGAAACGUCUCCCUGGGGCACAUCCUCACCUUCUCGCCCCUGCACCCCGUGUCCUUAGACCAGGAGAACGACUCUGACCAAUCAGACACUCUGUCUGGGACAGAGUCCGAUCUUGGCCACGCCCACAGCUUGCCGCCAGUCCCAGGGGGGAAGCGGGGGCGUGUCCGGGUGCUGUCCGAAUCGGAGGCGUUGUCUGUGGCCCGGGGGGCGGAGCCAGAGUUCCAGGGGGCGGGGUCGCAGGACGCGCCGUUUCGGGGGCGGUCCCAGUCGGCCCCCGCUGCAUUGUGGGCCGCCAAGCGCUACGGCCGCCAGCUCCGCCGCAUGAGCGACGAGUUCGACACCUGGCUGGACCGGGGGGGGCAGGAGGUAAAGCGUGGGCGUGCUGGGGCAGUGAAGGCCUCCAGCAGUUGGUUCUCCUUCCUGUGGCCCCCCCGGGAGACGGAGGACGAGCUCCAUGGCAACGGCGUGCUGACCGAGAGCGAGGCCCCACACUGAGGGCGGGGCCAGGGCG